AACCGUCCGAGCCUUGUUUAGAUGUAGAUCAGCUGGGACAAUAACAACAAUAACAGCCGAAAACGGGGUCGGGUCGGCGCUUGUCGGACGCGGACCACACCCGGUGUGAACAACCGAAGCACCGGCGGCUGCUCCCCGAGAGGAUGCGUGUGUUUUCCGCCGCUUUAUCUCCUGUUUGCUCCAGUUUUGUCGGACUGCUUCCUGCGUGCCCCAGACAAAACGAGGGGGUAGACGACCUGCGGCUAAUAACUUUGCUAACAUGCUAACCUGCCACACAACACCUGAGUAAACCGAGCCGUGGGCUCUCCGCUGGGCUGAGUGGCGCUUUCACACGCGAGCUCUCAACUGGACCUGUGAGACAUGGCGACGGCUUGUGUACAGUAGCUAUCUUACGUCGAUAGCUCACUUCUGGAAAGCUGCGACAAAGUUUGACCAGCCUGUAAAAUAAGCGGUCAGCGCACAGGACCCAGCCGGGAGCCGUACAGGUGUGACCCGGAGGCGGCUGCGGGUUGCGGGUGAACUUGUGUCGGUGUGUUGUUGGACAGUAGCUAGCUCGUUAGCCGGGCUGUGGUGGCUGUGAGGAGGGGACAGAGGGGCCGAGGCCUCGCGGCUCUACUGUACUGACAGAUGAAAACAAAAGAUUAGCACGCUAGCUGCUAACCUCCAGCGUUUAUUACCCUCACGGCCAAAGAGCAUCUCUUUACCCUGAUAGUCACACGAGCCGCUGAGCCUCGAGGCGAAGGCUUAGUGUACAUUUAGCAACACUAUUUUAUUUGCCUAAUUUCCUGUUUGGCAGAACAUCCUGUCUUUACUGUUACAACACAGACCUGAUUUAGCACGUUUCCUGUAAGAGGGAUAACUUUGUUGAAGUAGGUUAUAAUGUGUUUAUAGGAUGUUUUGUAUGAACGGUAGCUGGGGCCCACAGAGAGGAAGCCACCUUGUAUAGAGAUGUUGGAGCUUCCUGUGAUCACCUGCAUGAAAACCUCCAGCAGCUUUCACCAUCCUUCCCUAAAUUCAUAGAGCGCAGCCAAUGCAAAGCGACGUGGAUCCUCUGUCUAACCACCGCAUCGCAGUUUGAGUCCAGCACAGGGGGCCACUCGGUGACGCCACUGCCAUGUCAGAGACUCUGAUCACGGGCCACACGUCCGAGGACCUGUUGGCCGACUUCGAGACGCUGCUGAACUCUGGCAGCAUUGACCUGGGCGGGGACCACCAGAUAGUGAUCAUCACCACCCCGGGCACUGAGGGGCUCCACCAGGCCAUCGCCCCCACCAGCACAGGGGAGAUCCUGCUGUUCGCCACACCCCAGGGCCCAGCUGAUGUUGGGGUCCAGGACAAGAGGAGGCCGGCUCUGGGGAGGCCUCCGGUAAAGAGGAAGUUGGACCUGGAUAGUGACCAUCAGUAUGUCAGCACCACUCGGGCGUCCAUUGGCCAAGCACCACCCUCAACACCUGCCCCUCCCAGAGUUCCUCGAACUACAACGGAGAAGUCGCGGUAUGACACUUCUUUGAAUUUGACCACCAAGCGCUUUCUGAGCCUGUUGUCCCAGUCAGUUGACGGCGUGGUGGAUCUGAACUGGGCCUCUCAGGUCCUGGACGUCCAGAAGAGACGCAUCUACGACAUAACCAACGUCCUGGAGGGAAUCCAGCUCAUCUCCAAGAAAUCCAAGAACAACAUCCAAUGGCUUGGCAACCGAAUCGAUGCAACGUUGGUUUCCCGCCAUAAGGAGUUGCAGCAGGAGGUGUGUGACCUCACUGAGGCCGAGGAGCAGCUGGACCAGCUUAUUUCCAAAUGCAACCUGCAGCUCCGGCUGCUCACAGAGGACCCACAGAACAAGAAGUUGGGCUAUGUGCGCUGCCAGGACUUGAGGAAGUCAUUUGAUUCCCCAGACCAGCUGGUGAUGGUGAUCAGAGCUCCACCUGAGACCCAGAUGCAAGUUUCAGAACCCAGCGAGGGUUACCAGGUGUCACUGAAGAGCACGCACGGUCCAAUCGACGUCUUCCUCUGUCCAGACGACAGCUCUGGCGUGUGUAGCCCUAUGACAGGAAGUAGUCCCACAAAACCCAACGCUGACCCCUCCCUGGUCCCGCCUCACACACAACCCACAGACCAAUCCCUAUCCACAAACUCUCUGGAGGUGGGUUUAUCGUCCCCAGUGUCGACGUCUUCCACAGUGACAGCAGUCUCCCAGCAGGACCCCUCAUCACUGGUGUUAGGUGGAGACACGGAAUCGCUACUGGGAGGUGAUCCGUUCUCCAGCCUCGGAGACAUGCCCGACUUUGACCUCUCACCCCUCUCUUCCUCGGACUUCCUGAACGGAGAAGGCCUCCCUCUCCCAUUGGACGGUUUCAUCAACCUGUCCCCCCCUCACAGUCAUGAUUACCAUUUUGGUCUGGAGGACCACGAAGGCAUCAGUGAACUGUUUGACUGUGACUUCGGUGACCUGUCACAGGUUUUGGGGGACAGUUAGAUGAAAAAGGAGGAGGAGAAACGUGGCGAAAUAAUUCAAAAUUUAGGACAUUAUCCUCUGUCCCCUGCGGCUUCUAAAGGAAGGAUGGAAACCAACCUUUUAUGGAUGAAUAUUUGUAAAAAAAAAAUGAAUGUUAAUGUUUUAAUUGUGGGGGGAACGGAAAUAAUUUGCACAGCAAUUGCCUGUGAUCCCUAAAAUUACACAAUCUUGAAGUCCCCCAAAUUAUGCAGCACAUUAUUAGCAGUUCUCUUUGGCCAUUUAAACAUUUUAGACCAAGACUUCAGCUUUAGAAUAGCUAUUUAAAUUAUUUAUAUGAAUGUUAUUUUGAUACUUUGUACCAAGUGAGGUUUUUGUUGUUAUUGAUAGUGUUUUAUCCAAGUGGAUUGUGCAGGUGUUUGUGUAUGAUUGAGUAUGGAUUCAUUCGGGCUGGUUUCCUUAACACGAAUUAACUACAACUCAUAAGGCUGGUUUCUUACACGGCUGCGCCUGGUGUGUUUUCAGUGGGAAAAGUUUGCAUCCCACAGCUUUAGACUGUUUUUAAUAAACAAAAAAAAUAUUUUGUGUGUGAAACACUGCAAUCCUGAAAAACUGGAUCCACUAACGUCUCUGUAACUGACAGUUAAAUCCCAGGCCCAAGAUUUCCACAGUCUCUCUGUAAUAAAUGACUGAUGGUCUCGUUCCAUUCUGCCUUCGGUGGAUUUGAACUCAUUUACAGUGGGCUAAACGCUCACUUAGAGCUAAGAUGCUUUUGGAGAACUGGACCUCUCAAUCCUUCUACAUGUAAAUGCUUACAUUACGUUUUCAACAGUGGUAAUUUUACUUCAUUAGAAACCUUUCACGUUGCCUCAAUCAAAAGCCAUUUUAGAGAAUCAAAACAACAAUGUUUGACAAAUAAUUAGGUCCUGUAGGAUAAAUAAGGAAUUAAUAUUCAUGUGUAGGAAACCAGGUGAUGAUAGACUGCUGCAGUUAUGCUAGCGGGUAAAAACUAAUACUGAAUAUAUUGUUCUCUAUUAGUUAGCUAGGCGUUUAGCCAUAGUCUCAGGUGUUCAGAGCAGAGCAAAGUCUUAAAUCAAAUGUUUGUGAUGCAACAUGAGAGUGACCGUUUUAGAUGUUUCAUGGGUGAUGCGUAGGUUGACAGUAGAUUUUCACAGGUUUAGAAAAUGUAUGACGUGGGUGAUCAGUUCAGGAAGUUAAUAUUCAUGCCUUAAGUCAUCAUCCCAUAUACGAAGUAAAGGGAUGCACAUCUUGUCUUGGCCCCAAAACAAUCAAUUCCUCCUUGUUUUCCUGCUGCAGUGGAAUCAGGUGUCAUCUCCACAUGCCACAACACACCCUGGUUGUGUUUCUGUUAAAACCACAUUUAAAAUUUAGCAGCAAUAACCGAUGUUUUUACAUCAGUGUCAGAUGGAAAACUGUCCUGCUACAUGUUGUGUGUUGUAGUUAGAAAUGUCUGCAUCAAACGUUUUCUUGUUCUGAGUUAUGUAAGCUAACAUGUUUUUUUGUGUUCCUUGUGUAUAGGGUUUUAAUGUGUGCUGGUUUAUGUGUGUGGAAAAAACUAAUUGUUUUGUUUAAUUUCAUAUUUAUUUAAAAAAAAGAAUUAAUAGAAAAAAAUGGUACAAAAAUUUUUCAUUAAUUUUCUGGCAGGAAGGGACUGAACCCCCACACUGAAACUUGUUAAAUCCAAACAAGUUGUGCUUUUGUAAAUGUGUCUAUAGUGGUGAGAAGAAGUAUUUUGUUUGUAAUGUAGCUUCUCUUUAGUCGCACAUUUAUUUUUCCUGCUCGUGGGGAAAGGAAAUUACUGUCUUACCUUAUGUUCAUUUGCAACCUUUGAUUUGGAUCAUGAUGCCAAAAAAUCGAUGUCCUCUUCAUUUACGGCCUUCUCAGUCAGACCAGUUCAAAUCAUAAAUAUUGCAGGUUCGGGCUACAUAGCUAUUCUAAGGUUGUACAGGGAUUAUCAUGUAGCCUGUGUGUGCCUCAGACUGUCGUGUGAAAAACUUGUAACCAGUCAACCGUUUUUAUUUCUUUUGUUUUAAUCUUCAGAUCUGUGGAAACGUAAAGGUGCUAUAUGAAUGUUUUUGCCAUCGCUUCAUGGCUAACAUUAGCAUUAGUAGCUGUUUAUUUACCAAUCUGCUGAUAUCGCUGCAAGUUCAUCAUCAAACUUCAUCCCUUUCCAUUGUGAUCCAUUGUGAUGGAAAGGGAUGAGUCCAGUCCAGAUGCUUUUAUUUCCUUCUUUUAUUGAAGUUAUCAUGCUAACAGGCUAGCUCCAGCCGGGUCAGCCAACAGUCUGGAGGCAAAAAACACUUGCAUAUAGCACCUUUUAAAAUCCAGCAAACAAUUUCAAUACGAUCUGCCAGAUUUCCAGCUGACAGGGUUGGCACAAGCCACUGAAAUGUUCUUAGAAUUGAUCUUUUUAUUUCUGUCUGGCCUCCAUUAGCGGCUGAGCUGUUCAACGUUGUUCGCCAAAAGUGAGCAGUUUAGGUCGUCCUGUGUGGAAGUCGUGCCAUGUUCUGGUUCUCUGCAGGACAAAUGCAGUGCCUUGUUAGGGUUAAAUAUCAAUUAUUCAUUAAAUGUUGAAUCAGGGUUUGUUUUCUGUGCGAUCUUGGCAAAAAAAUGCAGUGUUUCGGGGUUAUAUAUUUUUUUGUGUGUUUGCGUUUGGGGAAAAAAAAUCAAGUCAGCAUUGCACCUGGGUUGAAAUCAAAUCACGUUCAGUCCGAAUGACCAGAAGGCCAGCUGGAUUUUAGGAAAUAAUGUGUCCGAGUUUUAAGGAAUCAUGAAAUACAACAUUUGAUCCAGACUGUAUAACAUUGUCAACACCUAUAAAAGGUGUUCAUUUUAUAAGGUGUAUGUCCAUUUGUUGGACACAGAAAUGUCAAAAUGAAAGUGAAUUGACUCCAACCCUGAUAUAGUCAAAGUGCUUUUAAGGGAAACUGUGGCUUAUCCAGCAACUUAAAAAUCAACCACAUUUUUUGUUCACAAAUGUUUAUUUGUUGAUACAUUCUGGGUUUAGAAAAAAUACAGGUUUGUACUUGUCAAUUAUUAAUAGCCUCCAAUAUGCCCUUUUGUAUCACCCUUUCUUUGACAAAAAUAAAAAGUUAACUAUUUUGAUUCAA